AACACUUCAUGUUUGUCUGGGCUAAUGUUAAACAGAAGAGUUUAUAGCCUACAUCAUUUAAUAAUGGGCUUUAUAUGAAGACUGGAGCCUAUUAAUACUAGUACAGGAUAACACUUCACCUCAACCCAUUACCGCAGGCGAACGUCAGAAAUCCACGUAGAUCUGCGUCAUUCACGCAAGAUCUUACGUAAAUUAAAUGGCGGAGGGAGCGCCGCGGCGCCGCACGGUACGCGUCCGGAGGUCGAGCUCUGCUCCAGGCAGCAGGUGAGGUCAGAUGCGCAGGUACGGAGCGGAAGAGCUCUCCUGACAGGUGGAAAUACUUUAACUUGAAGCUAAAAUGGAGCAAAUGGAUGAGAAUAAAACAGGUCUGACGGACAGUCUCAUCAUAUGGCUGCAGACCUUCAACACUCCUGCCCCCUGCAGGACAGUGGAGGAGCUGACCACUGGAGCAGGAAUAUCACAGGCACUGCAUCAAAUAGACCCAGCGUGGUUCACUGAUGGAUGGCUCUGUCGUAUAAAAACUGAUGUGGAGGAUAACUGGAGACUGAAGAUGAACAACCUGAAGAAGAUCCUUCAGAUGGUGCUGGAUUAUUAUAACGAGGUUUUGGCCCAGGAGAUCUCAGACUUUCCUCUCCCGGACCUGGUCCUGGUGGCAGAGCAUUCGGACCCGGUGGAGCUGGGGAGGCUGCUGCAGCUCGUAUUGGGCUGUGCUGUCAGAUGUGAGAGGAAACAAGAAUACAUUCAGAUCAUCAUGACGCUGGAGGAGUCUGUGCAACAUGUCGUCAUGACAGCCAUCCAGGAGCUCAUGAGUAAAGAGUCCGUCAGUUCUUUUGCAGCAGAACGUUCUGGAGACCUGGAGCAGCAGUUGAAAAAAGCUCUGGAUGAUCUUUCUGAACUCGUAGCAGAAAAAGAAGCUUUAAGUCAGCGCUGUGAGGAGCUCGACAUACAGGUGACAGUUCUUCAGGAGGAACGUAACAGCCUCUUGGCAGAGAACGACGUACUGACCGAUAGAGCCAAUCAGCUGGACACGUUUGAUGACCCGAGCACGGCAUCAGGGCGGAAACACAGCCAGCUGCAACAGCAGGUGGAGGCUCUGCAGGAGGAGAACUUUAGACUGGAGGCGGCUAAAGACGACUACAGGAUUCACUGUGAGGAGCUGGAGAAGCAGCUGAUUGAAGUUCAGCACAGAAACGAUGAGCUGACUGGACUGGCUGAAGAAUCUCGCGCUCUGAAAGACGAAUUAGACGUUCUGAGGAACUGUUCUGAUCGUGUGGUGAUACUUGAGGCCUCAGUGGAAACAUACAAACGUAAACUGGAGAAUCUUGGAGACCUGAAGAGACAGAUGAAGCUGCUUGAGGAGAACAAUAUGACCUACAUGCAGAACACCGUCAGCUUGGAGGAUGAGCUACAAAAAGCUAACGCUGCCCGUGCUCAGCUUGAGACCUACAAGAGACAGGUCCAGGAGCUGCACAGGAAGAUGUCUGAGGAGACGAGGAGAGCAGAUAAUCUGGCCUUUGAAAUUAAGAAGUUGGAAGAAAAACACGAGACGGUGAUGAAGGAAAAAGAGAGGAUCAUCAUCCAGAGAGACUCUCUGAAAGAAAUAAAUGAGGAGCUGAGAUGCACUCAGGUUCAAGAGCACCAGCUUUCCAAAGCAGGGAUGCUUCCCUCAGGCAGCCCCAGCCACGACAACCUGGCAGCCGAGUUAAUCCCAUUGGAGUACAGAGAGAAGUUUAUGCGCCUUCAGCAUGAGAACAGGAUGUUGCGUGUGCAGCAGGAGGAGUGUGAGAGGGAGAAGAUCGCCACCCUGCAGGCCGAUCUGGAGGAGGCUCAUAAGAGCCGCAGUGAGCUCGACACAGAGAUCAGGCUGAGUAGAGAGCGAAACAGUGAGCUGCAGCAGCAGGUUGAAGAUCUGCAGAGAGCGCUGCAGAGUCAGGCGGCGAAACCAGACGACUCAAACUUGAAGAGGAAACUCGAUGCGCACAUGGUGCAGCUGAACGAGGCUCAAGAUGAAAUCAUGAAGAAGAAAGAGCUGCUGGAGGACCUUCAGCCCGACAACACACAGACCUCGCUGAAGCUGGACGAGCUGAUGGCGGCUCUGAAGAAAAAAGACGAUGACAUGCGAGCUAUGGAGGAGAGAUAUAAGAUGUACCUGGAGAAAGCUCGAAACGUGAUUCGAGCUCUUGAUCCAAAGUUGAAUCCAGCCACAGCGGAGAUUCAGGCUCUGAAGAACCAGUUAGCAGAUCGAGACAAACAGAUUGUGAACCUGGAGCGUCAGUGUGAGCAAGCACGGCUGAGAGAGUACGAGGAGAAGCUGAUCGUCACAGCGUGGUACAACAAGAGUGUGAACUUUCAGAAGUUGGCGAUUGAAUCACGUCUUGGCGGCUACUCGUCAUCCAUGAUGACACCUGGACCAUCCUUCUUGUCUCAGCAGCGGCAGGUCUCUAAUGCCCCCCGCAGGGCACUCUCGAUUAGUGUGCCUUCCUCCAAGUAAACCCCCCCCCCCCAAGAAAAACAAAACCUUUAAAGUAAGCACUCAAGUGACCUUAAACACACCUGCUCUCAGCCAGGGGACAGAUACUCUGAGACAGAUACUUAAAUGAAUGUAGAGUAAGUCAGAGCCUGUAAUAUUUAAAAAUGUGAUUUUAGAUUUUAUUUUAAAGGUAAAAACAAAAUCAGUUACAUUUAGAUGAUAGUUGAUGUGAAGAUCUGGACCUUUAUUCUAUGCAGGGUAAAAACUGCAAUGUUGAUAUUCAGCCGACUAAUGA